AUGGCCCCUUCAACAACAUCACAGUCGCUCCUCGCACUCAUAUCACUACUGCCGCUGACAUCAUGGGCUUUCGACUGCAAAGACGUCGCAGCAUCCGGCGUGCAUUUCAACUUUGGCAAGCUGGGCGGACCACAUAUGGUACACUGGGAGGAGCUAGAUGAGAUGCACGAGAUGAAGUACAAAUACAACUUUACCGUGGAUAUAUGUAAUAAGUUGAAGUGGCAUAAAGGCGGAAGUUUGGCAACCGAGUGUCAUCAUGGCGCGAGAAUUUGCGCCAUCCGCGAAACAAUCGACACGUCCGAGACGAACAACUCCACCAUAACACCCAUCGAUAUCGCAGGAACUUACAGCACAUCAGUGGGCCGCCCCAUCGACGCCCAGUUCGAGCUCCUCCGCGACUCGAAAUCGAACUCCGACGCCGGUCGCGAAGGCAUCCGCGCCGAGCUGCACGGCGGCCGCUUCCCUUUUGAUGACAACAAGAACGGCGUGGAUCAGCGCGCCAUCAUCGAAUUUGUGUGCGAUAAGGAGAGGGACGGGCUAGGCGGAGGUGAGACCGACGAUGGGGAGCGUGAGCCUGAUGAUGCCAGAGACGAGGACGGAGAUGAGGGGGAGAAAGAGGGAAGCAGGUUGAGGAGGAGGGAUGGAGAAGGCAAGGGCAAGUGCGAGGACAGUGACCACGAUCUGCGAUUUUGCGGGUAUGAGCUCGAGCAGCCCAAGAAAGGAAAGAAGGUGCAGACUCUGCGGCUGGAAUGGCGGACGCAAUUUGCUUGCGAGGAUGCACCUAGGGAUGAGGGAACCCACUGGGGUUUCUUUACGUGGUUCAUCAUUGUCCUCUUCCUCGCAACCGCCGCCUACCUCAUCUUCGGCUCCUGGCUCAACUACAACCGCUACGGCGCUCGCGGCUGGGACCUACUACCCCACGGCGACACAAUCCGCGACAUUCCGUACGUACUGAAAGACUGGGGCCGCAGGGUGGUGAAUUCGCUCCAAGGCCCAGGGAGUAGGGGCGGAUACAGCGCGGUGUGA